AUGGAAAGACUGCAGAAGCAGCCACUGACCUCCCCUGGGAGCGUCUGUUCUUCCCGAGGAUCCAGUGUCCCCGGAUCACCCUCCAGCAUCGUGGCCAAAAUGGACAACGAGGUUCUGGGCUACAAGGACUUGGCUGCAAUCCCCAAGGACAAAGCAAUCCUGGACAUUGAACGCCCUGACCUGAUGAUCUACGAACCUCAUUUCACCUACUCACUCAUGGAGCACGUGGAGCUGCCCCGGAGCAGGGAGCGCUCCCUGUCUCCCAAAUCCAUCUCUCCUCCUCCGUCUCCAGAGGUCAUCCGGGAGUGGCUGGAGAGUCGUCCCCCCACCAGCACCCCCCUGCCUGCCCCACGCCAGGGCAGCACCUCCACCCGCAGCAGCGUCCAGCACUUCCACCGCCCCGAGACCGACACCACAGAGCUCAACAUAUACAAGAAGCCUCCGAUCUACCGGCAGAAAGAUCACCAUUCCAGUGCCCACCACGGGAAGCAUCUCAUAGAGGAUUUGAUCAUCGAGUCCUCCAAGUUCCCGGCGGCGCAGCCCCCAGACCCCAACCAGCCUGCCAAGAUCGAGACGGAUUACUGGCCAUGCCCCCCAUCCCUGGCUGUCGUGGAGACAGAGUGGAGGAGGAGGAUGGCCUCCAAGAGAGGGGAGGAAGAGGAUGAGGAUCUGACAGAGGAGAUGAAGAACCUGCGGGAGCUCCAAAGGCAGGAGCUAAGCAAGGUCACCUCCAACCUCGGGAAGCUGAUCCUGAAGGAGGAGAUGGAGAAAUCUCUCCCAAUCCGGAGAAAAACUCGCUCGCUGCCGGACCGGACACCCUUCCACACGUCCCUGCACACGAGCUACAAGAGCUCCUCGCUGCCCACCUCAGGCAGGAGCACCCUCACCCGGCUGCAGUCAGCAGAGUUUGGCUCAGCAGGGAGUGAGAAGGGCAGUCCAGGCUGACAUCAACUUUUGCCCUCCCAGAACGGCCAACGUGGGCGCAUGGACAGAGGGAACUCCCUGCCCAGCAUGUUGGAGCAGAAG